GUACGCAGACACCAUUUUUGGAACCACUAUCGUUUUCGAAAACUCGAUGCAUGAUUGUUAUUUCGGUGUUUUCCUUUGUUCGCCCGUCGUGCCGCCACCGUUGUUGUGCAUUUUUAACGCCGUGCACUCACGUCUCAAAGCCUUUUUGAGCGUUUAACGCGCUGCACCCGGGAAAAAAGGACCGCAUUUCGUGCUAUAGCCACACGUCGUCAAUCCCGGUACGUUUCGUAGGUGUUUGCCUAAGCGCUGUUAUUCUACGACGUGCAGUUUGCGUUUGCGAAGUCACCGCCACCGCAUGCAAAGGCUCUUUUCCAUCCGUCGCUCGCACGUCUCUUACGUCCGUCCAUUAUCAACUCCUAAACGCUGACGCCGCUUGCUGGCUGCUCCGACAGACAGCCGCCAUUGUUAGUUGUACUCAAUGUCUUAAGACUGAACAAAUUUACAUCAUUCCCUCCCCGAGUUUAGAGGUUGGCCGUCGCAAGUAUUUGAAGUUGCCAGUGGCCACUAGCCCUUGUUGAUAAUGUCUACUACUCCUACCCCUCGUAGUCCUAACAAUUCUGGCCGCAGAGGUGUGACUGCGACGUUACCUGCAGUUGCAGCCGUACAAGCGACUCCACCGUCCUCGCCGUCCAUAGGUGGCGAAACCACCAAGGAAGUGAAACCGAAUCCAAAGAUGUCAAAAUCUCUUAGCACUUCGACUAAGAGGAUUCAAAAAGAACUAGCUGAAAUUACAUUGGAUCCUCCACCCAAUUGCAGUGCUGGACCAAAAGGAGAUAAUGUAUUUGAAUGGGUCAGCACAAUUUUAGGUCCUCCAGGUUCUGUGUAUGAAGGAGGAGUUUUCUUCUUAGACAUUCAUUUCACACCCGAGUAUCCAUUUAAGCCUCCUAAAGUAACAUUCAGGACUCGCAUAUAUCAUUGUAAUAUUAACUCUCAGGGUGUCAUUUGCUUGGAUAUACUUAAAGACAAUUGGUCUCCUGCAUUAACUAUCUCUAAGGUGCUGUUAUCAAUUUGUUCCUUAUUGACUGAUUGUAAUCCAGCGGACCCUCUAGUCGGUAGUAUUGCUACACAGUAUCUACAAAACCGCGAAGAGCAUGACAGAAUUGCUAGGCUGUGGACCAAACGGUAUGCUACAUGAUUGAUUCUCAGAGAAACUUAAAAAAAUAUAUAUAUAAAUAUACAUGCAUAAAAUCCUAAUUCCGUAUUUUAUUAAUGGGUGUUAGCAUGAUAAAAUUUUAAUCAUUAUUAUUUUAUAGUUGGCAUAUUUAAGACCUGAAUAUGAGUCAG